CAAGUCCGGGGGGGCCGAUCAUCGGUGACCGUCGCGCAGGCCAAUCGCGGACAGGUGCCAACAUGGCCGCUACUGUGCUGCCUGCUCGUCUUCUCGCGACAUCGCCCUUUGUCCCGACGGCGCUCUCCUAAGUCGGCGCGGGGCGACGGAGGAAGCGGACCGGGAAAGCGUGCGAGGGUGAGAGAGAGAGGGACGACGGCACGUUAGAUGGAACGGCGAACUUCAAUGGAAGACUUCAGCUAGCAAGAUGUCAACCCGGUCGCAGCUCACGAAGGAUUUAAACGAAUCGGUGAAAGCGCUACUUGGCAAGCAUGUGAAGAUACUGCUGAAGAAUGUGGUGAAAUUGGAAACCAAGCAGGAUAAACAGGAGAAUCGUGUCCUCGUGUUUUCGCCAUGUCGCCUCUUUCUUUUAUCGGCCAAAGUACCCACGAGAAUCGACUGCCAUUUUCAUUACCUAGAAAUAACGGCCAUAGAGUCGAGGAGGGCAAAUCAGCUAUGUUUGACCGUCGGAGAGCGAUAUUACAAUUUCACUACAAACAGCGUCGGCGGGGACACCGCGGAGGUGGACGCUAUGAUAGAGGCCUUACACACGGCGAUUCGAAAUAUCUUUCCUACCGUACCGUUAAAUUACAUUAUACGAAAAAUAGAGGUGAUACCAGCUAGCAGACUGCAGAGCAUACGCGGGAGCGAGCUGGCUAGGAGCACAGAAGCCACGAGGCACACGGGCCCGUGCGGCGGUUUCUCCACUCAGUAUGCGUGCAUGUGCGACUUGCACGGCGUCCCGUACAGGGAGGAAGUGGCCUGGGACGUCGAUACGAUAUACCUUUCGCACGACACCAGAGAACUGAAUCUGAGGGACUUCGAUCACCUGGAUCAGAAGGACUUGGUGCCAAUUAUCUCGGCCUUGGAGUACAAUACCUGGUUCACUAAAUUAAGGGCGUCCCACCUCAAGCUGAAUCACGAGCCUCUCGAGAGACUGUUGCACAUCAUGCGACGAUCCCUGUCCAUUCAGGAGCUUUAUUUGGAUAAUCUCGGAAUUAAAUGGGAUUUCGCUCACAAGCUGUCGUUAGCCUUGAUCUCUAACGCUAACACGAUGCUGCAAACGAUAGAUCUGUCGCACAAUAUGAUCGAGGACAAAGGAGCCUCUAGCUUGUGUGGGAUAAUAGCCAAGUUAAUGCAAGGUGGUACUCAUCUGAGCGGCCCUAUCGGCAAGUUGCCUAAAGGUUUACAAAAAUUGAGUCUGGCUCACUGCGGAUUAACCGGGAAGGGUAUAAGCCAGAUAGCGCAUGCACUAAGCUUGAACAGAAGCAUGCCGACCAGUUUGCGAUAUCUCAAUCUCUCGGAGAACACCUUGAAGGACGACGUCAAUAAUCUGUGCAAUUUCUUGGCGCAACCUAAUAGCUUAACACACCUAGAUCUUAGCGGUACAGAUACAACUUUAGAAUGUUUGUUCGGAGCAUUACUACGGGGUUGUGCAACUAAUCUAGUCCACCUGAACGUUGCCCGGAAUUCUUUUUCGAGCAAGAAGACCAAAGAAAUACCUCCGAGUUUUAAGCAGUUUUUCACGGCGACCCUCUCGUUAAAGUACUUAAAUAUAUCUUCGUGCAAACUACCGUUGGAGGCAUUAAAGCACCUGCUGCUCGGUCUGGCGUGCAACGAAAGUACAGUUGGCCUAGAGCUUGACAUGAGCGGAAACAACCUGGGUUCCAUGGGCGCACACGUUCUGGAAUCGUGUAUUCAUGGAGUUCGGUGUAUCGCGUCGUUGGAUAUAUCGGACAGCAACAUGGACGUCGAUCUGGCUCAAGUUAUAACGGCGGUGGGCAAGAACAAAUCGAUAAAGCAGCUCUAUAUGGGACGUAAUACGACCGGUAUGAAGAGCAAGCACAUAGCCGUCGUGAUGGACGCCCUGGUGCAAAUGCUUCAGGAGGACGACUGCGUCCUUCAGGCGUUGCACCUACCUGACUCUCGAUUGAAGGGAGAUCUCUACAACCUGAUCAACGCUCUCGGUAGCAACACGUGUCUUCACACCCUGGAUAUCAGCGGCAAUCAGAUAGGCGAUCCUGGCGCGAGGCUGCUGGCGAAGGCAUUGCAGAUCAAUAAUCAUUUACGGACUAUCAUAUAUGACAAGAACAACAUCACGUUGCAAGGCUACGCGGACAUCGUUCACGCUCUAGAAAAAAACUGUAGCGUACGGCACAUGCCGUUUCCGAUUUACGAUCUGCAGCCUUGCAUGAAAACCUCCGCGGAAAAGACGGAGCAGUUGGCCAAGAAGAUACAAGAUCUGCUGCAGAGAAACGUCACGCCGUGCAAGUAUAGCCACGGGCAAGCAUUCAGGUUGCAGCAGGGAUUUCUGUUGAGCUCCACGCAGCAAAUGGUCGACAGACUCGUCGUUCAAACGCAGGACACCAUCAAGGCCCUCGCAGCGGAGAGCUGCGACGCUAAUAACGAUAUCAAUUAUGCAACCGGGCUCAUACAAGACGCGGACAAUUCUAAACAGCUACUGCCAAGAUUACACGAGGUGCUUCAAAGACGUGACGAGAAUAAUCCAAUCGAGCUGAAGCUGCACGAUAUGGCGAAUGAGCUACAUAAAGUUAUAACGGUAUAUCUACAGGAUUCUUUAGACGCGAUGUUGAAGUGCGCAAAUGAGCAAUGUCCUACUAUACUCUCGCAAACGGUGAUCAGGGGCGACGAGAGCGAACCGAUUGCGGUGCAAGACGAUCUUCGUAAUACCUGCAAGGAGAAAAACCAGAUCAACAAUGAAUUCAUUCAUACCACUGUUAACGAACAGGCUGGCGCAGAUAUUGUUAAUAGAGUCAAUGAGCUCAAUUUAGCAGUUGCGGCGCAUAUAUCCGACAGAAUCACGGAUGAGGUAAUCGAGUCGUUAUCAAGAAGCUAUAAAACUUUGAUUGGCGAUGACAGCCGAACAAGAAGCAGCACACCAGAUGUUUUACGACCUAGCGCCGGCUCGAUGAGCAGCGGAAGCGUGAUAGGCGUGACUAGCGCGAGCGGCAUCUCCAUGACUUUACCUCCUGGCAGAGCCAGCCUCGCAUCCGAGGAGGAAGACUGUCCGCCGGAGACGUGCUCGCUGGCAGAUUCCAUUGGCCAAUGCGACCCAUCACCGAUGAAAUUGGAUUAUCUCAAUCUGGCGACGCCGCAUCUGUCGAACAAGCGUAAAAGUCUGCACGGAAGGAAAUUGAGACCCAAGUCCGUGGUGGAUUCGGUGGAAGGAUUGUCCGCCGAUGAUAUACCGGAUCUCUUGCCGUCGUUGCCGAAGAGUCAAGCGGAAGCCAUCUCGGAAACCGAGCACUCGUUGACAGAGUCGUUGGAUUCCGUCUCGGAACUGCCCAACACCGUGGGCCAGCAGUUGCAGCAUCUGGUCAAGUCUCGACCGCGCAGAACGAAGACGCGAGCGCCCACGAGGCCGAUGCUGAGACCGGAUCAACAGACCGACGGUCUCGCUCUGGGCGAGGGCCUCGACGUGUUUUUCCGACCUACUACGCCUACCACGCCUUUGAUAUCGCCUACGAGCGACGACAGCUCUCUACACACCUUCCCAACGGACGGCAGUCCUAAUCUAUCGCUGACGAGCCAUAAGAGCAUUCCACCCGACGUGGAGAAGAAGCCCAACUGCAAUUCGCCGAUGCUGAAGACGCUCCUGGAGCCCGCGCCGCGCUCACGAUCCAGCGACAACUUGGAAAAAUUCUCGCCCCUCGUCGGUAGAAGGUCGCAGGGUGACUCGCCGCUUACGGCGUCGCCGCUCGCCCGCAGGAACACCACGGACAGCGCUCAAGCCCACGAGAGAUCGAAAGGCGAGACUUUCGCGAAGGAGACCUGUAACAGCCCCGGCGGGAAUGACGCGAGCGACGAUUCUAAGCGCAGCACGCUAACAAACGUGUCCGGCGUGAGCCCGCGUGGCUCGCACGACAUCGACGACACAUUCGGCGCGAGCACUUCGGAUAAGUCUUCCUCGUCCGUCAAGCUACGGUCGACCGGACACGAUCUACGAAGUCCGAUAAACAGUAACAGCAGCCAAGUCACCAAGGGCACAUCCGAUUCGGCCAAGUCUCCUGUGCUGAAACCGUUAAAGAGUAGCGGGUCUACGAGCGACGGGAAGAGCAACGGCUCGCUUAUGAAGAAUAAGCCCACCCCACCGGCGACGGCGCCUAAACCGCGACCAUGGAGCAUGGCCACCGAUCGGAAAUCCGGAGAAUUUAGCCUGCUGAGCGACGGCUCUAGUCCGAACACCUCGGCUGGCAACACGCCCGAUUCCGGCGACGCGCUCGACGAGUCGACCGACAGCGGCGUCAGCGGACCGGCCUCCUUGCCGCCGACGCUAUCGGCGAGCAGCACCGCGAGCUCGUUGAGCAACACGAGCGUGGAGAAGAGAUCGGUGAGGGAAUUGGCAGCGAGCCUGAACAAGAGCAAGACGGACAGGAAGGAGAACGAGCAUGCCGCACCUGCAGCAUGGCGGUCGCUACUCCAGCGUUCUGUCGACCGAGCAGAUGCCAAGGCAGCGGAAGUGCCGAAAGUGGUUGAGGAGAGUCGCCUCAGCUUUAAGCUUCGUCGCACGUCAUUCCUGCGCGACUCAAAUUUCAAUUACAACAACAACGACGUGGUCGACGUUUGACGCGUGCACGGACGGACGGACGGUCAGCGUUGCGCCAUAAGGAGUACCUUCUUCCGUAUGCUGAUGCCGGAUAAUCUGGCACACGAGAUAACAGUACUUUUCGUCUUCGUGCCAUAGAAAGUCUUAUCGUGUAUAUAAAUAUAUAUAUGCGUCUCGACUCGGUUCUAACAUUAGGGACAGGGUACUGAAAGUUUUUACAACAACUAAAGUACUGAUCUGCUGUUAAGGUGGUGGCAUUAGAGAGUCUUACACUAGUUUUAUAUGAUAAAUGCGCCGCGUAUUUACGCGCGGCCGUAAAAUUCCGACUUACAAUUAGUCGUACAAUUACUCUCAUCCGUAUUAUUCGUAUACGCUUUACCAUUUCAUGUGCGAAGACCAAUUAUUUCUAAUCGCGCGUUUCGAUCUUUUUUUUUGUUUUGUUUUUAAGAUACUCGACACUUCCAGUGAGAUUAAGUCCCAUUCCGUCGGAUUCUUGGCGAGCGAUAUGUUACGAUGACACGUGAAGAUAUUAGCGAAAAGUGUUCUACUCUUCGAAGAGAUUCGUUUUAUUAUGUACAUACUUACAUGUUGUUUGCCUGCGCAUUUCAACAGCGAGAAUGUCUAGAAUAGACGAGACACAUUUCGAAGCGAGAUAGGCUCAAUCGUUUUCACUUUUGAUAAAACGUUAAGGCAACUGAAGUAGGAUAACACAUUGCGUGAGUGUCUUCCACGAUAACAAGCCGCAACAAUGACAUCUCGUGCAUAUUCUUCGUCCGUUGUAAUAUUUUUCCAUUAAGCGCGACGUGUUUUUAACCGUGUGAUUAAUUUGUAGAAAUAAUUCAGGGUCUAAUCGAAGUUACUAUCGCACGCUACGUUUUGCCAUAGAAAAGUGUAUUAGGGGACAAACCCGUCAGCUCGGUAAAUUCUAAAUGGCAGCUUUUUAUUGUAUUUAUUGUAUUUAUGCAGUUAAUAGUUUAUCGGACGAUGCAAUUGAUCGUGCAUAAAAUGAGAGUUUAUCUUCGGCAGAUAAAUUGAAGUCGUUUGCCGCACAAGUUGGUGCCCGUCUUUUUGCGGAAGUAUUCCGAGUUGCGUGUCAACUUUCAGCGAAACGUGAUACUCCCCCCCCUCAAAUCUUUUUACUGCGAAAAUUGAAAUUGUGUCAACCGAAUGAAGCGUUAGCAAUCACUGUACUCGUAAAAUUUAUGCGCGCAAUCGCGGGCGCGUUUUUAUUGACGGAGGAUGUAGAAUUCUAGAUAUAUCUCGUCGUUCAAUUGACUAGGACUAACAGUACAAGAUUAUUUAUCGAGAUACUUCGCGCUGCGGACUUUCGGAUUCGAACGAAUCUUUUUUUGAAGGCGUUCUUUACAGGCGUUAGAUCAGUACGGAAUUAUAUAAUCUCGUAUCAAAGACGUACUUGCCCUUUUAUAUAGCGACAAACGCGUGUACAUAUAUAUGUAAAAAAAGACUUGUGUAUAAUAAUAAGGUCCGCGGGGAAUUCCACGAUUCUUGCCGACCGAAGCGAUGUAACGCGGGAAAAGGAUCGAAACGUUUCUUGUGAAUUUUUUACCGCUUAACUAUCAUCACGUAACAUUGAUAUUUGAUCCCUCAUACGAUGAUACAUAGGACAUGUGAUCGUUGAUUCUUAUCAUGAUAUUAUCCAUUAACAAUGGAGAGCGUUCUCUCUCCCUAACGUUAAGCGAAGCGAGUAUUAAGGUAUCGCGUUAAUAAAAAUUCUUGUGCGUAUGUAUGAGUGUGCACGCGUGCCGCAGGAGCAUACUUAGGCUGUAAGACCGAUAGGACGCGCGUAAGAAAGAUGCGAUUGUUCGACCUACAUGCGCGAGAGAUCGUCGUGCAGAUAUGCAAUUGCGGAUCUACAUAAGACACCACUAGGAGGGAAGAGAAACAUCGGUCCUAAAGCGUACCUCUUUUAAUUUAACACUUGGCGGACGCCGCGAACGUGCACUCCAACUCGCAUGGUCUACUAGAUAAACGUAAGAAAGUCUCGUAUAAAUACUUAAUCGUUCCGACUCGAGGGAUAGGCUCUACUCGUAAGGUCGUCUUUGCGAAUAUUUACUUUUAGGCACGCCCGUACGGUCCCCGACGGCGGGCUCGCCGGACUCGCCCCUAGGGCAAGGGGUACUUUCAAACGCAGUCUCGUGUAUUCGACUAAAAACUUACACAUGUACGCGUCUUUUUCCGCGACACUUUUGUAUGCGGCGCGCACGCACCGCGUGUGUGCAGACGCGAUCGGCCGCGAGAGAAGGUCGAAUCGUUAAAACGACCCUGCCCGACCACUGUGCCAAAAAAAAAAACAAAGAAACAAACGUCUCGUUAUACAGCGAUUAUACAAGCGCGUCUUUUGUACGACCAGAGGGGGACUCGGUCCACCCUUUUCCACCCGCUUCUCGUCCGCCGCUCGUCGUCGUUUGCAUUCGCGUCACUCGAAGGUCCGUUUACGCAUAUUCGUGACGUAUCAGUGGCCGUGUCAGUGACGUUCGUGAUAUAUCUGUGACGGUUAAUCAUCUAUCUAUACAGUUUGGAAUCAGUGAUUUUCAAGAUGGCUCAAGUUUACGAGUCGGCAAUAAUUGUUAUAACUUCAGAUGAAGAAGAAACAAAUAAGAUUGAGCGGCCCGAAUACGAGACUGUGCCGGGCGUGUGUGAACAUUACAAAAAUAAGAAAAUAAUAUUUGUUAUCACUGAUACUGAUAGAAAUUCACGUCACGGAUAUGUGUAACUAAGCCUGAACUCGGAACAGUACGAUCGCACGAUGCUGUACAUAAUCGAGGAUUCGCCCAGUAAUCUCUUAUUCCACGACGUUACUUACUAACCGGGGUCGCGUUACUCUCAUUCGGUGUAUAUGUGUGUACAUACAUAUUUAUGAGGACACACACCCACACACACAUAUAUGAUGUAUAAAGGGAGCGAAGGGAAGAAUCAGGUGCGUGUGCGUGACGUGUGUAAUGUAGUGUGUGAUAUGUCGUAUAUUUAAAAUCUUCCCCGAUACACACAUUCCUGUAUGCAUUACACGAUACAUUUCUAUAUACAUGCGAGCGCGAGAAAGAGGGAAAAAGAAGUGAAGAUUUACGCGAGACGAAAUAUAUUGUGACUAUUAAUGUCUCUGCCCGCGCAUCUCCUCGACGUUGUCGCGCCCGCUCGAACGGGAAUCGAGCGGCUCAAGAGCGAUGUUAACAUUUGCAAUCUAUUUUGCCGAACAGCUUGAUAGAAGCGCGACAUUAAUCCGUUAAUGAAUAAAAAUAAAGAACUCGUAACCGCACAUACGUGGAAGCCCGAGUGACUUUCAUUUCCCAUCUCGCUUUAGAAUCUGUCUUCUCCAAAUCCAGAACGUUACGCAUAGCUGGUACGAAGUAUGACAGCAAUUAUUUAUUAUAGUAAUAAAUUAUUAUAGCUAUAAAUAUUAUAGUGAUAAAUAUAGGGCGAAAGUAUUACGUAUUUAAAAGAAUGUAGUAAUUAAUAAAUAACAAUAAAAUGGA